AUGGACCCAGAAACUUUUAUGCAUGAUCGCCAGACCUUCCGCGAGAAUCUGCUAACAUGGGCUAACAAACUCAGUGCGGACUCCACCCACGACAGCAUUCGCAUGGAAAUCGUAUCUGAAUUAGAAGAAAUGGUCAAGGAAAAAGAGUCGACUCAUGUUCCGGACUCAUGUUCCGGAGACGAAGAUCACGAUUACUGCGAGGGGUAUGAACUGAAUGACCCGCUCGCGGAAGCAGGCUUUGGCCGUCCUUGUUCUAAAGAUGGUACUAUUAGGGAUACACUUUCCUGGGCUUCAGAGCUGCUAAAGAGGCGACAAGUGCCGGUCUCUGACGUUGCUAUUAUUCUGGAUAUGCUCGCUCUGCAUAUUGUGAGACUUCGAUUAACUCGGAUUUCUGAAGGUGUUGUUGUAGAUCCGUAUGUGGAUAAGAUGGAUGACUUGGCGAGGGUGCGACAUGAGUCGAACCAGAAUCACGCGAACGAGUAUCUUCGGGCAAUCUGGAAUCGUCUUUAUGAUUGCAGGGAC